CCCUCCUCCGAUGCCUUCUCAAGUCUCCCGAAGGCUUGCACAGCUGUUUGCUGCAGCAUCCCUGGCCAUAAGCUCUGGCAGGCACCUCUCUUUGGGGCAGGGCUGGGGGGGUGCGCAGCUCGGAAACUAGGGGCAGCAGCAGGCCAGAGGACUCCCAAGGAAGGGGGAAAGGAGGCUGAGGGAACACUCCACAAAGGAGGGUGUUUGAAAAAGGGUGAGAGUCUGCUAGCUCUGCAGGCAAGGGUUGGCAUAACUGGGUUCCUGAGCCCCACAGGGAUGCUGCAGAAAGAAAGUUGGUCAAGGGAGCCGGUUGAAAACCUCUGGCCUGGGCUACUGUCGCAACAACAGAGACUCGCGAGGCGGGUGGUUGUUGUUUGAAGCAAAGCACUUCAAAGGAAAACUUCGCCACGCCAGUAAGCCUCCAGCUCCACUCCCUUCCUCGAAAACAUGCGAAAACUUAUGCAACUCGGGCCCUUAAUCUCCUCGAGUAAUCUCGAGGGAGAGCAUAUAAAUCCAAAGGUCGAAGCCUGGCCUCACGUGAACGAACGGCAGCGGCAAAGGAAAACGGGAAGGGAAGCCAAAACUUCGGCCGCUGCUGCCAAUGUGAUGCCCGCUGACUAGCUUCCCCGUUCGGCUUCCCGCGGCGGCGAAGGAGGAGCCGCUGCCGGUUCCCCCACCGCGCGCGCCAUGAAGGUCUCUUCGCUCUUCCUCUUCCACGGCCUCGCUCUCGCCUGGUACGUGUUCCUCGUCGCCUUCAUCAGCAAGAUAGCGACGGGACCUGGCGAGAAGAAACCGGACAACAUCCUCGCCUACGGCGGGCCGUGGAAGUUCCUGACCGUCCUCAACCUGGUAAGCGGCGCGCGCGGAAGCCGAGCCAGGCCUUCCCCUCUCGCCUCAGUCUGCUUUCGCUUCCCGCCAUCGGCGCUUCAGGAGACCGGCGGCGGUCCAAGGGCAGCUUGCGCCUGCUGAGGGGGUGGGAAUCCCCAGGAGGAGGGUCACGGGGGUCCCCACGGCCACGAACCCCCCACCUAGGCUAGAGUUAUACGUUUCACUCGCCUGAAGCCCCUUAGCCAUCCAUUGAAACUAGGGGGCGGGGGGAGAGGGGCGGGUUUGAAAUACGUAUAGCGCGGGUUGGGGUUGCCACCUGUAUAAUACAGGAUCUUCCCGCAUUUCCAAGUGAAAUGUUAUGUACUGUAUUUGUUACAGUUUUGACCUGUAUUUCAGGUUUGGUUUUCUCUCUCUCUCUCUCUCUCUCUCUCUCUCUCUCUCUCUCUCUCUGCCAAGCUGUGGAGUGUGGAGUCCUCUGCAAAUGCAUGCAUUUGAAACUCUGUGUGAAAGAUCACUGUAUUUAAACUCUGUGUAGCAAAGCAGAGGCAGAUUUGCAAUUUUGUGUGUGUGUGUGUGUGUGCGUGUGCGUGCAUGCCUGGGUGACAAAUUCCAGAGGGGCUGUCCUGUUAGGCUGCAAUAGAUUGCAAUGGGUUGCUCUGAAGUCACUUCAGCACCAGAUUGGGGGGGGGGGUCGCCUACCCCCCUGCCCUGCCCUGUAUUUUGCCAAAGCAAAGGUGGCAACCCUAGCAGGAAGUAAUAGAAUUGUAGAGUUGGAAGAGAUCCCCAGAGUCAUCUAGUCCAACCCCUUGUAAUGUAGGAAUCACAACUGAAGCAUCUUGUGAUGGAUGGCCAUCCAACCUCUGCUUAAAAAUCUCCAAGGAAGGAGAGGUAAUCUGUUCCACUGUGGAACAGCUUUUACUGUCAGAAAGUUCUUCUUGCUGUUUAGUUGGAAUCUCCUUUCCUGUAACUUGAAUCCAUCAGUUUCGGUCCUGGCCUCUGGAGCAGGAGAAAACAAGCUUGCUCCAUUUUGCACGCGACAGCCAUGUUGGUUACAGCAUGGUGCUGGUAAUGCCAAGGUUGCAAGUUUGAUCCCCGUAGGGCAGUGGUUUUCAACCAGUGUGCCGUGGCACCCUGGGGUGCAUGGAAAUGGUGGUCAGGGGUUGUUGCGAGCAACACUGGCCUCUGUCCCUCUUUCCGUUCCUCCCUCCUCUGAUGCCCUCUUGCAUCUCUGCCUCCCAAAGGCUUGCAUAGCUGUUCGUUGCAACAGCCCUGGCUACAAGCUCCCCAGGCAAAUUGUGUCUCUGGGGCUGGCCAGGGGGUGCUACCUGCACAGCAGGGGGGUGGACUAGAUGAUCCUCAGGGUCUCUUCCAACUACGAUUCUAUGUGGGCAGGGAAGCAGAACGCUUUUCCUGCCUGUGGUUUCCCACCAAAAAGACUUUUUUAAAUCCACCCCAGUACCUUGCACAAGUUAAUUCCAGUGUCAAGAGACCACGGGGGGGGGGUAGCUUUUACUAAGCUGUGGAUAGUGUGUAAUAGUAGUAAUUGUGCAGGAGAUGUGUUGAAUCCUCCACCCCAUGCUGCAGUUUAAAUUAUACACACCCUCCAUAAUUUCCUAGGGAUUCAGAAGCGCACCCGGCUGGGUCUCCCUCUCUCCAUGGGUCUUUGGCCAUCAGAUCUAAUUUGCUUCUAAAAUCUGUGUUAACUGCUUUUGCUUAUGUUCAUCCCUUGCUGUGCAGGUGCCUCUGCUUUUCCUGGGCAGUGGUCAGGGAUGGUGUCAUCAUCUGGAGGGCUAUAGAUUUUCCUCCCCCCCCCCAAGUAAAGUUUCAGAGGGGCCACUGCGUUAAUCUGUUGGAGCAGGAACAACACUGUCUUGUGGCACCUUAACAGAUCAACACUGAAAAAGCAGAUUGCUUUCUGUGAAAGCAAAUGCCAGAAUAAAGCUCUUAGUCUUUCAAGUAUCACAAGACUCAUUGUUGCGGAUUAAAAAACAACAACACUGAAACGCAAUGUGUGAUAUGGUAGGGAGUCCAAAAUCUGCUGUUCAAAGGCAGGGGAGAUGCAAACUCCAAGACACAGGCAUACCUAAGGCAGCUCUUUGUGCCUUGGUCGUUUUUCUGCUGUUGGACUGAUCAUAAAGUUAGGAAGUCUCUGCUAAUGUAUACCCUACGCUACUAUUUUUCUGCAGUUGAACACUUUGCAAUUGACAACUUUUUUUACUUUUUCAUACAUGCAUAAACCAUUAAGCCAGAUUUGUGACUUAAGCUAAGAGGACAAAAACAUAUUGUACCCCUUCAUGCAGUCCGUGUAGUUUAAGGGUGUUAGGAGCUGUAGCUCUGUGAGGGGUAAACUACAGUUCCUAGCUUUUUUAAGGAAGGCAUGUACUUUAAAUAUAUGGUGUGAAUGUGACUGUCAGUGGAGGCCUACCCAUUGGAACACCUUGCUUUAUGCUCCGGAACACGAUUGGCAUAAAGACUAAACUUAUCCUCUCUGAAAUUUCACGUAUAAUGUUGUUCCUUCAUUUAUUUAUAUUGCAGUCUCUCAUGUAACUUAGAAUAUUUUAUUUCCUUUGUGACCUCUGCUAAGGCUGUGUACAUAUCACCAGCUUACAAUACAGUUGGCCAUUUCCCCCCUCAAUUCCUAUUGAAGCGGGUUUGGCGAACAGCACAUCAAAAUGCAGUAUUUUCUAAGAAAUGACAGGAUGGAGCUGGAUUGUGACUAACAUUGUGUGUACACCACUUUCCAAACUAGAAGUGGGAUCACACUGGAUGCAGAGUAAAUGACAGUGUGUACACAGCUUUAGAGUCUGUCUAUAGCUGUACUUCUACCUUGCAGAUAAGCUAUAGUACUCCCUAGAGGUGAUUUUUUUUUUUAAUUAGUGGAUCUUUGCACAUUGAUGCUAACAAAGCUACUUAGUUCUCAUAAAACAUUAUAUAAGUCUAUUAAACAAUACAAUGUUAAAGUUUACCACCCAAACUAAUUUAUUAAAACACUCUCAGUAAAUAAGAUAGAUAUAGCUAGUGGCGUUUUCCACAGUGCUGAUUCAUGGUUCACCCUGAAAACUGCCUUCUUAAGAGUUCAUUGAGGUGUGCACAAUUAAAAAUGGAUGAAGAUCUUCUCAUUAGCUGUAAUUAAUUUAGGUUCUGCAGGCUGUUUACUUCGGGAUCUCCUUGCUGAUUGACGCGCUGGUACUAAUGAAGCAACUGCGACUUGCUAAGUCCAUGUUCCCCUUCAGAGACUUGAUCUUUGGCAGCCUGGCCUUUCCUACCUCCAUGGUGAGUUUCAAAUACACAUAAUCAUCAUUAUUAUGCCACUAUUAGAAGACAAGCGCUAGUUACUUUGGAAGGAUUGUUCUGAGCCAACGAUGCUUUAAGUAAUGAUAACUCAUGAAUGAUAACACAUUAUUACUAAUGAGAAUUCAUUAAAGAUAGUUCAUUAUUACUAUUAUUUUAUUGAUACUGUAAUAGUAGCAGUAUAUAUAAACAGCAUAUACCGUAUAAUUGCCUGAAAGACACUUAGUGUGUUAUAGAAUACAACUGCUUCAUGUUUUCAAAAACCAAGCAAGGCAACUGAAACAAAGAAAGAGGGUUUGAUUCCUGACAUCUCCAGGUAGAGCAGGCAAAGGCCCCAUCUGAAAUUCUGGAGAGCUGUUGCAGAUCAUUGCAGACAAUAUCAACCUAGAUGUACUCUGUAUCUCUAUAUCUAACUUCCUAUUUUCCCAAUGAAUAUUACCUGCUGCCUUAUCAGGGAGUGGGUGGUGCUGUGAUCUAAACCACUGACCCUCUUGGGCUUGCUGAUCGGAAGGUCAGCAGUUCAAAUCUUUGCGACAGGGUGAGCUCCUGUUGCUCUAUCCCAGCUUCUGCCAACUUAGCAGUUUGAAAGCAUACCAGUGCAAUUAGAUAAAUAGGUACCGCCGUGGCAAGAAGGUAAAUCACAUUUCCGUGCACUCUGGCUUCCAUCACGGUGUUCCGUUGCACCAGAAGCGGUUUAGCUGUUCUGGCCACAUAAUCUGGAAAUCUGUUUGUGGGCAAAUGCCGCCUGAAGCGAGAUGAGCGCUGCAACCUUUGCACCUUUGACUGGAUUUAAACAUCCAGGGACCCCUUUUUACCUUUUUUUAUCUGCCGACUUCCAAAAUCCAGAUAAGCACCUUAAGGGCCAUUUAGCAUCUUACAACAUGCAACAGAAGGGAUAUGUGUGGGUGUGUUUAUACUCACACUUCUGUUUUCUGCUGCAUAUUGCCAAAAUAUGCCUGAACUGAACCUCAGCCUCAGUUAAACACAUUUCACUUGAAGCGUCCCAUGUUUAGUAUGAAAAAAUAAUUCAUGUGUAGCUAUGUAGUAGAGUAAGCAUCAGACACUAAUACUCCACUUUAAACCUGUGAAAAUGCAAGCAAGGAAAGUCAGGUAAAAUUGAGACAAUUUCUUUUGGCGAAAAAUGAGCAGAGUGUACUGUUUCCAAAGCCAUUUUUUUCUACUCCCGUAGAGGGAUCACCAGGUGUGAGGGAUCACUAAGUGUAGAGACGGACUUGCUUCUGAUUAUAAACAAUGCAUACUAUUUUUAGUAGGAGAACAUCCUUUCUCAGCUCCUGUGUCCCUGGUUUGCUCUAAUGUGGACUCACACUCAGCAGAGAAAACAAGGCCAAGAAAGCACAACUGAUGCUGUAAUUAUUUUUCUUGUGUUGAAAUGCACCCAUUGAGAAAGAUUUCUCAAUAGCUAAUAUUCACUUUUUCGGCUUAAAGCCUGUUCUUAAUGAAUGAGGGCGAUGUUUGUCGUUAAGCCGCUUGGAGAAGCAGAAGGUAGAUCUGAUCAUCAUCAAAGACAGAGACUGUCCUACUGUUAGGCAAAGUGAGGUGACUGCCACAGGCAGCAGUUACAGUGGGACGGAGGCAGCAGCAACAGCCCCCUGGCUGUCCCUCCUACCCCCCGCCCUUCUGUCAUUCUCCUCUGUGGAAAGACAGACUUGGGUAUGCUAUACAGCCUGUCUUGGCCCUUCCAAACUAAGCUGCUGCCUAGUAAAGGACACUAUUCCUUCACCAGUGUUGAAAUAAGUUUAAUUGGCUUCUGUGCAUAGAACAGAGAUGGGGGAAAUCUUGUCCUUCACCUCAUGCAGCAAAUAAGUUCAGGCCAUUUCUGAUAGAAGGGUUGAAAUCACAGUUCUCUUUCUCCCCAUCUGGUUAUUGUUCAUACUAUAAAGACCUUACUGGCUUUCUCACCCAGUGGAAGGGCCCGUUGCUUGGCAAUGGUGUCCAUGCUUUGCAUCCUUGGCAUCUUCAGUAUAAAACAGAUCCCAGACAGACCAGCUGAAAAAGUGCCACUGUAUAUGAGGUCUGAAUAGUUUUCACUGGGCUUUGUGGAUUUUUAGCCCAGAAAGCAGCUCCUGGUGGUCUUCACAGCUUUCCCUCUUUCCCUGCUCAUGCCAGUCUUUGCCAAAGAUAACAGUUGAAGAACAUGGCUUUCCCCAAGGAAUCCUGGGAAAUUGUAGCUCUGGGAAGGGUAUACUACAGCUCUCCUACUUUAAAUGCAUGUUGCGGAGGUGAGAGAAAAGUAACAAAAUUCUUCCCAAAUCGAACAUUGCGAAGGAGAGAGCAUCCCUAGGAAAAGUAAUUAGACAACUGCUUGCAUAGGUGUUUUUUUAAUGGCUAGUGUGCUUUUAAUCAUACAGCACUCUUUGUACCCAAACAGAAGGCAAUCAAUAUGAUUUUAUAAAUGCAUAAUUAUUAUUAGUUGUAGUAAACAUAAUCUGAGCACAGUUCUUGUAUUUGCUCUGAAUUUCAGGACUUUGGGGAACACUGAAGUUUUCAGGAAGCCUGUCAGUCUAGUGCUGUAUAUGUGUUAACUGGCUUUGAUUACCCAGUGUAGGAAGAGUAACCCUCUGGACUGCUCAGGGGCACUUGAUAUGGCCAGCAGGCAGAAACCCCUCUCCGCCCUCACACAUUCACUGAACAUGUGGAGAAAGUCAUGUGAAGAUUCAUGUUGCCUUUUUUUUUGCUACAGGGGGCAACCAUUUAAGGUGCAUCCAAUUGUCAUACGGCCGCCAACACAUGGAUCCUUUUGGGCCCAGAAGAGGGAGGAAUGUGGUAGGGGAGUAACAGGGUGGAGAGGGCUUAUGCACGCUCUGCCAAUGUGCGCAGGGGCCAGGAACAGAACCCCCUCACAAAAUGGUUGUCGCCUGUACAUCACAUUUUCCAGGACUAAAAGCUUAUGUAGGUUCUGUGGCCCAGAGUUGGUUACAGCACUAAAUGAUUUCUAAAAUAAUAAAAUACAUACUGUUGUGAUACUGUUUGAAACCUUGCAUAAGUGAAUCCCAGCCCCUCAUUUCACAACUCAUUAUUCUGGAGUGCUGUGACAGGAAGAAGCUUGCCACAGUCCUCUAUCUGAGAGAAGUGGAAAGUACUUUGUUAGAUGCUUGUGUUAGAUAAAUUCAUCACCUUUUUCUUUUAAUACUCCGUUUCAGACAGUGUUUACGUUGUUUUGGGCACUAUACCUUUAUGAUCGGGAGCUUGUUUAUCCCAAGAGCCUUGAUGCCGUCCUUCCUUUAUGGCUGAAUCAUGCUAUGGUGAGUAAAAUGUAAAGCAACAACAGCAAAAUGGAACAAAGGCAAUUUGCAAUAAAUAUUCAAACAUCGCAUGAUGGAUGCAAGAGAAAGCAGACAUGAUCCAGCCAAUUAUGCACUUUUAAUUCCUACUGAUCUCGGUGGGAGAGUCAAUAUAUACUUAAUCUCUCUCAUCAAAUUUAAUAAGAUGUGCUUACGGUAACUUUGGCAGGAACAUGCCCAGAUUCUGCAAAUUUUUAUUUGUAGCUUCCUUGCUUUCUCUUUAAGCCGAGACGGGCAAUGAGCAGGCAUGUGAAUUGCUAAAGAAAGCCUUAAAGCAUAGGGGAAAAUAUCAGUGAAUUGUUGCUUGCCAAGUGUAAGUCAAUUGAAAGAUGUGAAGUCAUUAAACGGGGUGGCAGGAUAGGGUGGGGAGAGAGAGACACUUUCUAGGUUACUGCAGUGCAUAUAAAAGAAUGAGAGUGCUGUUGCUGUAAACAGAGUGUUAUACAAUGCAGAAUGUCUGGGAAUACAAAUGAAUGUUUGGUGGUUUUUAGAACGGAGUAAAAGAAUCCAAAAAGGUAUGUAGCAGGAGCUCUCCAGUCGAGCAGCAAAUGUGAGUAGAAACAACAAGCAGCAGUGCAAAAAUGAUGGCUGGCUGACUCCUGCAUCUUACAUUUUAAAUUUCAUUUUUAGCCAAAAACAGAAAUGAAAGGAAAUGGGGGGGGAGGAAUCUUUACUGCUCUGGGCAAAGAUGCUACCAGUAAAAUAGAAGCUGUGGGUGUGUGCAGAAUUCACGACAUGUCGUCUUGGGAAUAGGUGGGUGAAAAAGUUCAGUAUGAAUCGUAAGAGCCUAAAUGAAUGAAAUAACCAUCAUACUCAAGACGUUCAAGCUUGAUUCUAUCAACCUUCCGUAGUGAAUGAGGCUACUGGCUCUUACUCAGGACAGUGCUACGAAAAGAUCAAUAUUCCUUGCAGUGACAACCCAAAUUCUGCCUUUAUCGUCUGCACAAAUGGGUUUGUUUGCAUCACUCGCUCCUCUGGAAUGCUAGUCAUGUGGAAGAAGGGCAAUGAGUCAUAAGAACCAAAACAAAUGAAACAGCAAUCAUAUCCAAGACUCAGCCUGGAUUCCCUACUCAGUGCCAUUAUAGGCUACUAACAUAGAUGGGUGCUACAUAAAGACCCAUUUUUAUGAUCUGACCUCUUGACACCCUAUAAUGUUAGUUUCCUCUAACAUUAUCCUCACACCAGCAGAGUAUGGCAUGGUGGGACUGAGGCACUUCCAUUGGCACAUGUGGAAAAUCGGUGCAGGAUAGCAGCCACAAGCCUUAUGAACCUGUUUAAACAAACAAAACAUAAAAAAGUCAUAGCUUAAAUCUUUUAUGUUUCCGAGAAGUUAGAAUGAGCCCAUUUUUCAGAAGUGAUGUGACACUCGCUCAAUGGGCAAAUCAUUCUGCAUGAAUUAUUCAACCUAGGCAUGGAGCUAAAUGAUGGAUCCCUUCAGCUAAGAUUUGUUCUUUCCGUGCUUCCUAAGAAAACCAGAAAUUUCUAAGCGAUUCAAGUUCCCUUAUGAACAAAUCUGUGAAGUUUUGAAGUAGGCACAAGAGUUAAGAAGAGCUAAGCACCAUCACAUUGCCCCAAACUUGCCUUACUAGAUAACCGCCAUGUGCCAGUGCAGGGAGAAGGAAGGCAAAACAUAUCCCCACGUACACUGGAACUUGAUUCAAGAGAACUUGUUCACAUCUGUGAAUAAUCAGUAAUAUUUGUAUGGGGAGGGUUAGGGCAGGGAAAACCUUCAACCUACUGUGAUGCUGUCCUUCACUUGCUAACUGUUUACCUACUUCAUCUGUAAGAAAAGGAAGUUUCAUACCUACCAACACCACCCACCAUGCAUAUCCAGGGAUGGGACCAGGCCUCCUCCUGAUGCGACAUUUGCGUGCCAGAGCCCCAUCCCAACAGACAUGGAGGGGCGGGCUGUAGAGGCCUCAGCCCCAUAGUGCCCCCUAGGGAAUGUUGCAUGCAUUGUAGAAUGCCCUGACUGUGAGCGAUGAUGGUAUGGCCCAUCAAACCUGGCCAACACUCCAUAUUAACUGACUGUGUGCCACUUCCCAGAAUCCUUUGCAGUGUUCAGGGGUUCUAUAGCAGACCUGCAGAGACACCACCAGUACAGGCAAUUCUAUCUGGAAAGCGUUCUCUAAGGGUUGGACAUUUGGAACCACUGCCUCAGACAAACGUAGAUUCCCCCAAGAAAACCUUUUCCGUUCAAUAUUUAUAUAUACAGUGGUACCUCGGGUUACAGACGCUUCAGGUUACAGACUUUGCUAACCCAGAAAUAGUACCUCGGGUUAAGAACUUUGUUUCAGAACAGAACAGAAAUCGCACGGCGGUGGCAGGAGGCCCCAUUAGCUAAAGUGGUGUCUUGGGUUAAGAACAGUUUCAGGUUAAGAACGGACCUCCGGAACGAAUAAAGUUCUGAACCCGAGGUACCACUGUAAACUGAAACUGCUAGCAUCGUAUUAUGCCAUCUCAGUAAGGGUGGAAAACUAAUAUGCUUUCCCUCAGAAAGCAAAGCAUUUAAUUAACUUGUAUCAGUAAAUAAAUCAAAACAAAGUAAUACAGAACUCAAAGUAAAAAAAAACUUUCAUAAGCAGUCGGAACGUAAUACAGUAUUUUAAGCAACCCAUUCAUUAACAGCAAAAUCAUUACAUACAGCUUUUGUUCAAAUUAGUGGGUUUGGGGUUUGGUUUUGUUUUUGUUUUUUAGAGUGUGGGAGGGGGAGGACUGAGAAAUAAUGCCUUUUCUCCCCUCUCUGUGAUAAUUGUUUUACUUUUUCAGUUUCACUUGUUACAAGUGAAGCUGAAAAGAAAACUGUUAAUGGAAAAUACAAGAAUGAGUCACUGUUUCCAGCCAUUUUUGCCAACCCUUGGAGAUUGGUGUCAAUCCAGGCCUAAUUAUUAAGACUUGCUUUUUAAACAGGUUUUUUAAAUUAUUUGCUUAAAGAACAAAGCUUGCAUUUAUUUGAAUGAAUGCUAGAUUAAACAAUACAUUAUAGUGGCAAUGAAGUUUAAUUGCCUUUAAUGACUCAUGGUGUGUGGUGUGACUGGAGUCAUAUUAAAAAUUGCUAUGAGUAGGGACCACUUUGCCUGAGAAAAAAACAAAAUGCAUUUAAAGGGCUUUCAACUAGUUUUAAGUUGCAGUAUAUGGUCCAUUACUAAUGCCAUUGCUGCAGUCAGCUUUCCAUUGUCUAGUAAAAAGAGUUCAUUUAGAGAGCUAAUUGAAAGCCAGUGGCAAAUGGAAAGCUUUGCAAUAACUAGUCAAUCAUGCAGUACUUCUGUGUUUUGCAAUAACAGGCAAAACAUACGAAGGUUCUAGAAAUAGUACAAUCGCCAGAGCCAAGUGAACCUAAAAAUAUAGAGCACGCACUAUGGAAUGACAGGAUAUUAUUAUUAUUAAAAUGCACCAUCUAUCUAUAUCUGUACAGUGGUACCUUGGUUCUCAAACUUAAUCCGUUCUGGAAGUCUGUUCCAAAACCAAAGCAUUCCAAAACUAAGGUGUGCUUUCCCAUAGAAAGUAAUGCAAAACGGAUUAAUCUGUUCCAGACUUUUAAAAACAAUCCCUAAAACAGGAAUUUAACAUGAAUUUUACUAUCUAAUGAGAGCAUUGAUCCAUAAAAUGAAAGCAAUAAUCAUUUUACUGUACUAUAAAAUAAGUAAGACAGUACUGUAGAUGAUAAAAAAAAAAUAAAAAAAAUCUUACUACACCGACGAUAGUCAUUGUUUGGAUGGGGGGCUUUUAUCCAUUUCCAUAGUCACACAUUCAUUCAGUAGCUGAACUGGGUUCCACACAGUCACAAAAACAAAUUAACUGAAAAAGCCUCAAAAUCAAAAACGCAAAAUAAAUAGCAAAAACAAAAGUCCAAACUUAAUCUGUUCCGGAAGUCUGUUUGACUUCCGAAAUGUUUGAAAACCAAGGCGCAGGUUCUGAUUGGUGCAGAUGCCCCAGAAACAAUAGCUGACAGCUGCAUCGGAUGUUUGGCUUCUGAAAAACGUUCAAACACCGGAACACACACUUCCGGGUUUUCGGCAUUUGGGAACCAAGGCUUUUGAGAACCAAGGUACCACUGCAUAAGCUAGUUCCCUAGCCUCUACUAUUGGAUCAUGGUGACCUUAAGUGAGGCGUACCUUCCUGUUUUCUAGGGGAAGUUACAUAUGAAGUUGCCUCUAGCUCAGCAUUGUUCCAUGGGUAGCCAGUGUGAUGCCUUCCAAAUAUUGGACUUCAGCUCCCAUCAGCUUCAGCCAGUAUGGUCAAUGGUCAGGGUUGAUGGGAGUUGUAGUCCAGCAACAUGUGCCAGGCACCACAUUGGUUACCCCUGGUCUACACUAACUGAUGGAUCUUCAGGGUUUCAGAGGUGUUUCAGCCCUACCUGGAGAAGCUGGGGUUUGAACUUGGGACCUUGUGCAUGCAAAUCACAUGUUCUACCACUGAGCAACGGCCCUUCUUCCUUGUACAUGCUGAAAAGUUGAGAGCAAGAUACGGCUAUAGCAGCAGUGCACGCAUUAAAACUCUCUACUGUUGCCUUACCCUAAUAGUUCUGAGGCUGGGGUGUGGGUGUGUUAGCUAUUCCCCGUCCCUUCCACCUACUGUUACCAAGUUGGCAGCAUUGCCAAGGAAUGAAGGCACUCAGCAUAGGGUAUCCUGACUGUCAAAAGCAAGGGUGGUGCAAAAGUCUAGGUUAGACCAGGGGAAAGGGUGUCUCCUUUCCUUGAUGCUAUGGGACACAGCCUCUGAUAUCAGGAAUUCCUCUGGGAAAGAGCAGAGGUGCUAAAAUCCAGGCAUCUGCCAGCUUCAUGAACCCCAUCUCCUUUCUUCCUGAAAAAGACAGGCCCGGUAGUAUAUAGGACAAAGCAACCCUCUAAAGCAGGUUUUCUCAGACUUGGGUCUCCAGCUGUUUUUGGAGCAACUCCCAUCUCCUAGCAGGACCAGUGGUCAGGGAUGGUGUGGAUUGUAGUACAAAAGCAGCUGGAGACCCAAGUUUGGGACACACUGCUCUAAAGGAAAGGAUAUCCCUUAAAAUAAGGCAUUGAGAAUCAAUAGCAGAGUUUUUGUUUUAAUCCUCUGGUUGAAAGAACAAAAAGCCCAUUGUCUUUGCCCCAGAACGUUACCACAUAGAACAUUCAGCCAACAGCCAAUCAGGACAUUGGCUGAAAGACUCGCGUUAGAAAGGCCAGGCCAAAGCUCUGUACACCUUAUUGUAAGCAAUGGUGAGUUUCAUAAAUUCAACACGAGUACAAUUUUGUGUGACGCACUGUAUUUUCUUCCCAGCACACUAUUAUAUUACCGUUGUCCCUGAUGGACCUCUUGAUUACCCCACAUCGUUCUCCAUCAAAGGGAAAAGGGAUCAGCAUAUUAGUAAUUGGGGGUGCUGCCUAUGGCUGUUGGUAAGAUCUUUGUUUUUUUAAUGAAUAAAGUCUCUUUCACAUGAUGCUUUGGCAUCCCUCUGUAACAGGCAGGAAGCCAAGAGGGAAUGCCUUCUCUCACCUAGUUAUUACAUGCAGCCACAAAGUCCUCUGUUGAAAAGACGGUCCUUGCUUAACCCUGCUGAAAGAAAUCCCGACUAUUCAGCUACAAUAGACUCCUGAUCAGACUUUAGAGAAGCUUUGGAACUGUUGAACAAGUGCAUUAUACAACCAUACAUUAGGCCUCGUGAGGGGCCUUUUUAGCCUAAUCAGAUCCUAAACUUAAUGAGAUUAUUCAUGCCGCUUAUUGAAAUUCCUUUCCCAUGCACGAGUUUGCUUGCUGUGAUUUGUGCUGUCUAUUAGUUUGGCUGUUGUGAGCAUGGAGCAAGGCCCUUCGAGAUUCCCCCAGAAAACUCGCUUUUAAGAAGGUGUCCGUAUUCCUGAAGGAAUGGAACUUCUGGCCCAUAGGUGAAGCUCAUCCUAAUGCAAUGUGGCAGUGUGAUCAUGGUGGGGGGGUUGAAUGUUAUCCUCUGAACCUGGAUGGAAGGGCUUGAAUAUUCUUAGCCUCUGCUGGUGCCCAAGCCCUCUGCCAUUCAAGUCUGGUGUUGGAUCCCAGACAAGAGUAUUUAGGGGAUGAACUACCUCCUCAGAACUAGCUCUUUACCCCCCACCCCUUUACCUAAAAUUUACCAUGUCAGACGACUUGCAUUUAUGUUUUUGCUGUUUUCUUUCACUAAAUGGUGUACCCACAUAGAGAUCGGCAUAACAAAACAUCUGGCUACCACAGGCAGAGAAAAAGAUCUUUUAGGUGUUUGUGUACCUGUGAAUAAAUGCAGGUGUGUUUAAAAAAACCCCAAAACCAAUAAUCUCACCCAAGCUAUUGGCCCCUUAAUGUGUCUUCAAGGGCUAAAAGCAGCUGGGGCAGGGUAAUGGCGGCAAUUUUGGGAAAGAAACUAGAACACCUUCUGAGCUAGAACCCCAUGACUGCAUUUCUUCUUCUUCUUCAAUGUACAGUUUGAGCAAGCCUUUUAAAUGUUUGUCCUAGCUUGUACUUUGGCCCUUAGAUGCCACAUUCUUCCCAAGGAAACGGCAAGCCCAGCUGGGAUGCUAUGUUCUAACUUAAGAUGUCCAAACUAAAAUGCAUUCUUUUCUAGGUCUCUGUGGAUUUACUCGGUGACUGGGAAGUGGGUGUACCCUCUCUUUGAAAAGCUAAGUGCACCCGGCAUAGCUGCCAUUUUUGUGGGGAGCGUUUUCCUCACUCUCUUUUGCUACAACACAGGAGAAUUCCUCGUCCGCAUGAUUUGGGGUUAGUCCAGUCUUGUAAACAAAUCCUCAAAAGUUACCAUUUUUAAAAAUUAGUUUGCACAUGUUCUUCUCUUAUACAUUGGUGGCACAUCGAAAGGUUAAAAAGGGAAGGGAGGAAAGAAAGAAAAUAAAUUCCCUUGGCUUCUCUCAGUUCCCUGCCUGGUCACUUGAUUCUUAUUCCUCACAGUUAAAUCAGGGCUAGUAGAACUUGCACAUUCACUUGCCAGGCCCUAGUUGUAAUUUCCCCCCCAUGGGUGGUAGGUGGGUACAGUGCUAUAAAUGAUAAGAAGACAUUGCACUGAGGCUAAAAGCAGAAGUGAACUAGCAAGCAAGGUUAGUAAUAAGCAGAAAGCCUAUAGUCACCAUGCAUGCAGGUGCAUAUGUGAAGGGGCAAGUUCCGGUAAUUACCAUUUUCAGAGGGAGGCUAUCCCUGGUCACGUGUUCCUGUAUGCAUGAUAGAGAUAAGAUGCAUGGAACAAACUUCAGUCUUUCGCAUGGUCAGUAAAUGUGCAAAAUCACCCUAAAACUAGAUUAUUAUGGGCCAUGUGCUAGGGAGUUAAUGGGACCCCCCAACCAACUUGGGGUUGCUGAAGUAGGUGGUCUGUCUCUCAGUUGUGGAUAAGAUUGCCUGUUCAUGGGGGAAGUGAGACCCCCCACACACACCUUGGUUAGCAGAUAAUCUUGCUGCAGAGCUACUCUGAAACGGGAGCAAAGGGCACUGCCUCUCCCAGUCUCUUGUGGCUCACCAGCAACACUUUCUCCUGCAGCUCACUCUUACUUCUAGUUUGGCAGUGCAGAGAGUGGCUGUUGGCUCCGUUCAGGGGCGAUUUUGCUCCAGGGCUGUCAGCUGCUGGCCCCGAAGUGAGUUCACUUCUUUUCCCCCAGUAUGGAACAAAAUCAAGUUGUGUUUGGAUUGUUAUCAUUCAUCUCACCAGUAAGCCAUUUUUCUUCUUUUGCUUAUGCCAUUUCACAGGUGACUCCGUAGUAAUACUUGACAUUUACAAGAAGAAAAGCAAAUGAAACUUGGAUGAUGUCAGAGCGAAACCUAGAUGAAUUAAGAAUGAGGCCAGCGAAGUCAAGCAAGAAGAUCUCUCCGUGCGGAACCUUCUCGUAUGCUUGUUCAACACUUUGUGUCUUCCAACGAAUCUAGAUUCUAAAAAUAACUGGAUUCUGGGGAUGGAUUUGAGGGUCUCCCUGGGCGGAUCCCUUUCAGGAUUCCAGAGGAUUAAUUUGAUUCCAGAAAGCUUAAGAUGGAUCCCCAGGCACGUCAAGCCACAGGUUUGUUGUAUGCCAAUUAAAUAAGUGGUACAUACCUUAGGACAGAAUCCUCCAAGGCUGCUACAAACUGUCUGGAGUGGAUUGCAUCAGUCCUAUCAAUGCGCCUAAACUGCACUGGGAGAGCCACAAGCAGCUCCUGAGGCCUUGGACCUUCACACUUGUGUGUUACAUUGUUAUGGAAGCUGCAGUCAUCACAAUGCUGUGCAAAUCUAGAUGCCUGUUGCAUCUCUUCUGGUGGAGACUGGGCCCUUCUUCCCUCUCCUGCACAGAGAGAGAGAUGGGGAAGAGCCUACUUUGAGAGGAGUGCUGCAGACAUAGGAGGUUUUUGGCUUGUGAAUGACUGCACCAAUGUGAUCAAGACCCUUGGAAACCCCUGCAUAGGAAAGGCUAGACUCUAGGUCCUGGAAGACCUGAUUCAGAGCCAAUAAAUUCAGACUGACAAGGGCUGCCUAUCUUUAAAUGAAUCUUUUGUACUAUAUCAUGAAGACUAACCUGAUGGCAUCAUUUCAGAUGAUUAAGGAAAAGAAUUUACAGUUGCAGAUUAAAGAAAUGCAUAGCAUCCGGUGCUCAAGCUCAAUGCCAUAGUAUAAGUAUUCAUCCUUAAUGAUCUAAAGAGUGGAUCUGCUAAGUGUCCAGUGAAAUCAGCAUGGCUGCAGCUUGAAAUCCGAAUUAUUAAUAGGCAUUUACAAAAAAUAGUAAAAAAAAGUUAAUGAGAUUCCUGACAUUUACAUGGUUUCCUCUUUUGGGUUUUAGAUGUGGCACUCCUGAAUCAAAAUAAUGUAAUUAUGUUUAACAUUAUGUUAACAUGAGGGUUAACACAAAUCUCUCUGCCACAUUUUCCAUUCAUUUACUAAUCUCACUUGCUAGUUUAUUUCUGUUAUUAGCCUCGGCGUCUUAUUAAGUCUUAUAGAACUGGAGCAAUUCUUUGAAAAGGUUAAUAAAAAAAAUAAAUGAACAUGACCCAUCGUUUCCUUCAGUGGUCAGCAUUCUCAAGCAUAAAAGGCAGUGCCGUUAUUUUAAUGGUGUGGCGAUUGUAGCUUUUUCUUUUUUGGAUUAGCAUAAAUGGGCUUGUCAUGGUUGUGCCCAACAAACUGGGCACAACCAUGACCAGGGAUGUAAAAAGGGGUACUUUAAUGACCUGCAGUUUCUUUCCUGCCUUAGGAAUGUGAUACCCAUCAGAAUUUGGGAACAGGCACCUAAAGUCUGUGGCAGCUUUGAAAAUGAGACAGACAGACGUAGAGACAGCUGAGAAAAUUUUUGCUAGCCUGGAAAUUAUGGGGAAUACACUGUUGCUUCGGAAAAUCUGGUGCAGAAUCAGCAGUUUAGCUGUCUCUUUUCACAAGUCUGCUUGCUUUCAUUAGGCUCUGCUGGUAUAAUUCCAAAUAAACCUAAUAUGCCGUAAAUAU